AUGCAUUUCAAAGUGACCAUAGCCGCAUGGCUUUUAGCCAUAUUAUUCAUAAGUCAAACUAAAUGCGACGAUAAAGACGAUAAAAACGAAAAAAGCGAAAAAAAGGCCGACGACGGACACGGUAGCAGUGGUAGCAGUGGUAGCAGUGGUAGCAGUGGUAGCAGUGGUAGCAGUGGUAGUAGUGGUAGCAGUGGUAGUAGUGGUAGCAAACCUACUGGCAUGGAUAACAUGACGUUCGGUAUGAACGGGAUGUCCGGCAUCCAACUACCGUUCCCGUUUUUCCCACCCUUCGGAUGUGACACAAUAUGCCAACCAAUACAGUUACAAAUAUUUCAGCAACAAGUACCCCGGGAGACGACGCCGAUGACCCAAGCGCCGACCACACACGCUCCGACGACCAUGCCGCCGCCGCCGCCGAAAACCACAACACCAGCAAACAAGCCGGCACCGACGACCACGGCAUAUACCUCGCAAACGAUCAUUAUGUACCCGAACUGGUGCCAGGGCUGGUGCAAGUUUUUCUAUCAACCACCUCCGCAGCCGGUGUAUUACCAGCCGAACUGUCUACUGUUUUCGUGGAUGGGAUUGGGUUCUGGAAUGGCCAUGGGAAUGCAACCAGCUCAGUCGUGA